AUGGGAAACUGUCCCUCAUCCAAGAGGAAGAGUUUGGAACGGCGGGACCGCCGGCCGGCGGCGGCGAAGGUGAUACACUUGGACGGGAGUUUGGAGGAGUACGAGGAGGCGGUGAGGGCAGGGCUGGUGGCGGCGAGGAACCCAGGGUGCUGCCUGUGCGCCGGCGAAGCGUUGGAGGUGGGAGCCCACCCACAGGAGGUGGCGGAAGCGGAGGAGCUACAGCCCGGGCAGCUCUAUUUUCUACUCCCCGUCUCCUCCCGCCACCCCCUUUCCCUACCCGAUCUCUGCCUCCUCGCCAUCAGGGCCAGCUCUGCCCUCCGCCGCUCCCCCCAGGUGGCUUCACCACCCUGCUCUUCAGCCGGGGGGAUAACAAAGAAUGACAUGUUAAGUACUAAAAAAACAGCGGAAGUUGUAAUUUGA